AUGACGAUCAACGGCACGUUUUUCGCGAGCUAUGAUCUGAAGGAGCUGACCUUCGGAUGGACCGAUUACGCUCUCUUUGGCGGUCUGCUGGGCGUUAGCGUGCUCAUCGGCAUCUACUUCGGCUGCUUCAGCACGAAGCAGGACAACACAACCGAGUACCUGCUCGGCGGCAAGACCAUGUCCUUCUUGCCGAUCAGCAUGAGUCUGAUAGCAAGCCACAUAUCGGGGGUGUCGUUGCUCGGCGUGCCCUCCGAGGUGUAUCAAUACGGGACGCAGUACGCGGCAUGCGUGUUCACGUCUUUCAUAACGUGCUUCAUAAUCGUAUGGAUCUACCUGCCGGUGUUUUAUAAGCUGCAGCUCACCAGCACUUUUGAGUAUUUGGAGAUACGGUUCGCCAGGCCGGUGCGGCAAUUAGCGUCGUUCCUCUACACCCUCUCGCUGGUCGUCUACGUGCCGUUGAUCAUCUACGUGCCGGCGUUGGCGUUCUCGCAGGCGACUGGCAUGAACCUGCACUUCGUCGCGCCGAUUAUAUGCAUAGUGUGCAUCUUUUACACGACGAUAGGAGGUCUGAAGGCUGUCGUAUGGGCGGACACGGUUCAGAUGACGGUGACUGUCGGAAGUCUCGUUGCCGUUCUGAUCCUGGGGACCAUCGCCGUGGGCGGCGUCGGCGAGACAUGGAGGAUCGCUCAGGAGGGCGGUAGAAUCGUCUUCUGGAACAUGGAUCCGAGUCCCUUCGUGAGAAAUUCGUUUUGGGGCAUGUCGGUGGGAUUGGUGACGACGUGGCUGGCGUCGCUGGGUAUCAGCCAGGUCUCCAUGCAGAGGUUCUUGGCGGUGCCGAAUAUCAAAGAGGCCCAAAAGUCGAUAUGGUUCCUGGCUGUGGGACUGGUGGUCGUAAAACUAAUCUCGGUCUUUACCGGCCUCACAAUGUACGCCAGAUAUCACAAGUGCGAUCCUAUAGCCGCGCACGUUGUAGCAAGAAGCGACAAGAUAUUGCCGUAUUACGUGCUAGACGUAGCCGCGAAUGUUCCGGGACUUCCUGGCCUCUUUCUCGCCGGCCUGGUGAGCGCCGGUCUCUCGACGAUGAGCGCCGGGCUGAACACAGUCACCGGCACGAUUUACGAGGAUUUCAUCGAUCCUUGGAUGCCAGAGAGCAACGACAAAGAGACUAAAGCCGCCAACAUUAUGAAGGUCACGGUGGUUAUCUUAGGCCUUCUAUGCGUCGGCAUGGUGUUCCUCGUGGACCGCCUCGGCGAUAUCUUCCAGCUGUCCCUGACUGUGACCGGCAUCACCGCCGGCACCAUGCUCGGCCUCUUCUCGUUGGGGAUGCUGGUGCCUUGGGCGACUACCAAGGGCGCCGUGAUCGGCGGCCUCGUCUCGAUGAUGAUGAUGAUGUGGAUCAUCGUCGGCGCGCAAUGGCACAUGGUCAACCAUCGGUUCUCCUAUCCGUCGCUUCCCACCACGACCGAGGGUUGCCUGCCUACUUCGACGGGUCUGCUGAAUCAGACGGCGAGUACCACCAUCGUCCCGACGGUGCAGGACCCGGUGCAUAUCGAGUCUGCGGGCGAGCCGUUUUUCAUAUACAGGAUAUCCUUCAUGUACUACACACUGUUGGGAGCUCUGGUUGUGAUGGUGAUCGGUACGGUGGUCAGCUUCAUCUGCGGCGCGCCCGAUUUGGGGGAUAUCGACCGAGAUCACUUCCCGCCAUUUGUCACCAGAUUCAUGCCUGCGAAAAAAUACAUGGAAGUGUCGUUGCACACGGUGCCGACCGCGCUGGUGACCAAUCUCGAGAAAGAGGAAUUGAAGUCUUAAAGUAAGAAUAUAUCUCAUCGUGUCUCUCGUCUGUUUCCGCGCCCGUGACGUUACGGGCACGUCUAUCACAACGAAAAGGCGUAAUGCGCGCUCGACCCAGUUUGCCAAAUCGCUCGGUCGCGAGUCCAAUGAUCUCCGUAACGAUAUUACACAUUCUGUAAUCGAAUGCAUUAGCAGCACUUAAAGAUUCCAUUGUAUAGCGAUUGUAAAAAAUAUUCGGAACGAAUUCAUAUGCGAAGACUGUCUCA